AUGUCGAAUGCCCAGGUUACAGGUCUGAGCGACUCCGUGACAGAGCACACUACUGUGUACACCAACGCUACUCCUGACGUUCUUGAGUCGGAGAACCACCGCGUGGUGACAGAGGCCCUCCCCAUCACCCACACCGGCGUGCCGGACUACAACGAGGGUUCCCGCGCUGCCCCGCCGAUUGUGGGCUCGGACCUGUACAGUGUGUUGCGCUCGUCGCAGCCGGUGUCGCAGACCCCUGGUGCUGCUGCCACAAAGACUGCUGGCGCUGCUCCAAUGGCCCCGGCCACUACCUCGACUGCCACCGCCUUCACCAGCAGCGACAAACCUUCGGAUGUUGCUGCCCCGAUCAAGACGGUGAACGGUGCUGAGGAUGCUACUGGAUCGCUGUCGACUAAGCCGACUGCUCCGGCCACUACGUCGAACGUUCACGCCGGCACUGCUGGUGCUGCCACUGGCGCAGCCACUGGUGCUGGCAACGCUGCUACUGGUGCUAAGGACACUGCUACCAAGAAGAAGGUUGGUGUUAUGACUAAGAUCAAGCGUGCUCUCAAGAUUGGUAAGAACAAGCAGUAA